GUAACUUGGGAGGUAAAGGAGGUUCUAGUGAGAGAGUUAACAAGGUAAAGUUUGUAGGAGUUAAAUCAUUAGGUCGCAGUACUGUAUAGUCAUUGUGAUAAGGUUCAGCUCCUGGUCGCAUUCACAUGUAGGCAGAACUAGAUACUGUACAUCCAAUGUGUCACAGAACACACCUGGAAUGAUACGAGCAUACAUCCCCCGCUACCGUCAGGUCGAGGGCGAAGGUGGCAGGAGCCAUUAUGUCUAUGUCCUAGAAGUUUGCUAUGUGGGGCGUGUUCACAAGAUAGAGAAAAGAUACUCCGCAUUCCACAGUCUUUACAAGGAGUUGCGAAAGGUCUAUCCAACUUCAGAAUUUCCUCCUAAACGUCUUCGGAACACAACGCCCAAAGUGUUGGAGACUCGUCGAGCAGGCUUAGAACUCUGGUUGCAUACGACUCUACUACUUCAGGCAACUCCACCUGCAUUAUUAGCAUUCUUGCAAGUGCACAAUUACCAGCCUCCACAUCAAGAAUGUGAUGAUAGUGGGUAUGAAGGAAGUCCAUCUCACCAGCCAGUACUUGUCUACCCCCGUGACCCUUACUUAACAACACACAACGACACCACUCCCACACUCACCAGCAGUGUCACCAAAGGAGUUCUUACGGCUCUUUAUGACCAGAAUUUUCGCAUGCCUUCAUGAAGCUUGUUAUGAAGCGGAGUCAUUCAUGUGAUGAGUUCGUCUACGUAUGUGACUUUGUAUUGUUGCAGUUUCAGAAGAAAUUUAGAAAUUUUUGUCUCAAGUUGAAUGUAUGAUUGUUAUAAAUGAAGACUAAUUACCUAUUAACAUAAGUAGAUACAGUACUGCACAUCCUCAUAAUGAAAAUGGGUGGGUUUCAUUUAAAGUUCUGGCAGUCUGUGGUGUUUGGACUAUUGUGGUUGGCUUAUGGUUCAACAUACUUUCUGCGAAAGCCACUUGGGGUGAUCAAGGCAGACUUAGAGGUUGCAUUCAAUGUAAGUUCAGCCAACCUUGGCUGGUUGGAUUCAGCACUGCUGUUACCAUACGCUGGAAUCUCCCUAACUCUUGGGUCUCUAGGUGACCGCAUAGGGUCACGUAUAACCCUAGCAGGAGGUCUGAUUCUUGCUGCUGCUGCUACAGCUCCCAUGACUGUAUGCCAGUCCUUUACCUCCUUCCUUGUGCUAUUGGCUUUCAGUGGAGCCAGCCAAGCACUGUGUUGGCCAGCAUGCUGUUCUCUCUUGGCCUGCUGGUUUUCGGAUGCCUCACGAAAUUCAGUGUUUGGAUUAUUUGGCACUUGUAUCUUUGCUUGUGGAAUGGCUGCUACAGGUCUGACAGUAUACCUACAGGCUGUUUAUGGUUGGCGUGGUGUAUUUGUGCCUCCAGCUGUGAUAGUAGUCAUCUUGGGAGUUAUGGUGUUAAUAUUAGGUAGAAACCCAGAUGAAAGGGGCUUGGUAGUGCCAGGUCGGAUAGUUAAUGAGCAGAAGCCACACAACAAAAAGAGCCCACAAGGUAUGUCCAUGUAUUCAGUAUGGAGAAUAAGUCUUGUUCCAGAGGUGUCCUUAGCCAUGUUCUGUGUCAAGUUUGUACGUUAUGCUCUCAUGUUUUGGCUCCCUCUCUAUUUCCUACGUUCACUUAAUUACUCACAAGUCAAUGCUGGCUUGGCAUCCACCGCUUUUGAAAUAGGCGGUGCAGUAGGGAGUGCAUUGGUUGGCAUAGUGGUGGAUCGUUGGAUGGGGGGUCGAGCCAUACUAGCAAGUGCUUUAGCUAUUUCUGGAUCUGCUCUAGUUCUUUUAGGAUUUAUGGUCACAGUGUCUUGGGGCCCAAUUUUCCAUGUAAUAUUCCUGGCUCUUGCUGGUGCUUUCAACUGCGGCCCCGACAUUCUUCUGUGUGGCUCGGUAUCUUCUGACAUUGGCGAGCGUGAAGGAGGCGCAGCGUCGGCAGUGACGGGGGUAGUGAAUGGUAUGGGGUCCCUGGGUACUGUGCUGGAGGGCCCGCUCGUGUCUUUGGUGACAGCAUGGCUUGGAUGGUCUUCUAUGAUGCCCCUUAUGAUAUUUGUCUCGUGUGUAGGGGCCUUGGCCACCUUCCGUGCUAACACUCUCCUCUCUCAUAGUGAAGGUUGGGUGAAAAUCUCAACUACAGAGGAUAUACCAUAAUACAAUACCACUUAUUUAGAAGUGUCAUGAUACCACUUAUUUAGAUACCUUGUCCUUGAUACCACUUAUUUAGAUGUACCAUGAUACCACUUUAGACACCUUGAUGUCAAUUAUUUAGAAGUAUCAUGAUACCACUUAUUAGAUAGAGUACCUGGUUACCAUUUACAGUAUUUAAAUACCAUGAUUCCACUUAUUUAACGUGACCUUUCUCUAUUUUUAUUUUGCUUUGUAUAUUACUUGCACUUUGAUUUUGUUUACAGUGUCCACCAGCUGUGUCUGUAACUGUGCACAUAUGCUUCUGAUUUUAUGCAUAUUUACGUUAAAAAAUUUUAAGCAGAGUAUCAGCUAAUUUACAAAGAAUUUCAGUUAAUUUAUGGAUACUGUACAGUAAUUGUAUUGUUGUCAGUUUUCAUAUAAGAUUUGUAUCAAAGAUUUGUAAAAUACAUAGCCACGAGGAUUACAGUGCUGUAGUAACCAGUAGAUAGUACAGAACUGUAGUUGUAUAUGUGAUAGUACAGUAUAGAGAUUAUUUGCUUGUCUGUUUGUAUGUAAACUGCCACUCUUGUUCACCUGGAAGAUUAGAUGUGAUUGUGAUAAACACCUCUGAGUAAGAGUUAUAUUUUGUCGAGAGUUGUGUUGUGUAGUUCACCUUUCCUGAAGAAAUAUAAUAUACCUGUACUAAAUAUAAUUGAGUUUGUGAUUCUCAUUACUUUAGAUGAAAUAAAUAGACUUGACACAA